GGCCACGUAAGAUUGACAGUAAUGACAACUAGAAAUUGUGCUGAAAAGAAAUUGUCCAAUUUUGUUAAAACUAUUAAUCCAAGUACCGAUAUUCUUCGAUGAAGCUAAAAUAUUGAACACAACAAAAAUGGCACAACAAAAUUUGCCUAAUGGAAUGCCACCUCAGAUGGUCAAUUCAAGACCGCCCUUCAACACCAAUAUGGAAAAGCCCCCUCUUCAGUUCAAUGGAAUUCAUUCUUCUCACUCGUCCCGUGAUUCUUCGCCAUCGACUCGGCCUGGACAGCAAGUGCCACCUUCACAGCUGCCUCCCAUGCGUUCGACCAUUCCGCCGUCACAACUGCCACCUUCCAGGUCUCCAACAAAUUUAAUAAAUCAAAAAAUGGGCCAGCUUAACGUUAGCAAUUCAAAUUCGAGAUUUAACACCUCGACGCCAAAUCAGACAUUACAAAAUCCAAGUGGACUAGUCAGUGCUUUUUCUCCAAUAAAUGUACCAAAAACUGAUAACAGUGCGGGAAAUCAAGUGUUUAGGCAACAGUUGCAACAACCGCCGCCGCCACAGCAACCACAAGGUAAUCACAGCCCAUAUAACUCUCAAGGGCAAAAUAGGACUCUGAUAAACCAUGGGGUGCCGCCUUACAACCACCAAAUUCCCCAGAAUCAAGUUUUGCCAAACAGCCAACAAACGCCUCACGUUAAUUACAAUCCGCCUUUUCAGCCUCAAACCUAUCAGAGGCCGUUAGUUAACAAUCACAACCAAGCACCGCCGCAUUUUCAGACCAUGUCUCAACCCAAACUGGUCCAAAACAAUAACCCCGUUGCGCAAGGAGGGUUCAACUAUAAUGCGGCCCCCAACAUGAAUAUGCCGCCACCUCCUCAAACCCAAUUCAAGACCAACUUGCACUCUAACCGCUACCCUCAAUCCCAACCCCAACAGCCGCAACCCAAUAUGAACCCUCCUCAGUUCUAUCAGCAACCCCAACAACAACAGCACAGCGUGACUCAGCACGGCUUCAAUAAAAUGUGGGGCCAGGACCAUGUAGAUCUCUUGCAAACCCCAAAUAUUUUGCCCCGAGAAAAAGUCACGCCACCCAAGGUAUACCUAGGUAACGAAGUCCUCGACUCGGCAAAUUGCAGUCCUGAGGUGUUUCGUUGUACGAUGACGAAAAUCCCCGAAUCGAACUCAUUGUUGCAAAAGUCCCGUUUGCCGCUGGGCAUUCUGAUUCAUCCAUUCAAAGACCUGACUCAUCUCCCGGUUAUACAAUGCAACGUGAUCGUCAGAUGUCGCGCCUGUCGCACUUACAUUAACCCCUUCGUGUUUUUCGUUGAUUCGAAACGCUGGAAAUGCAAUCUCUGCUAUCGCGUCAACGAAUUGCCAGAAGAGUUCCAGUUUGAUCCAGUUAGCAAAACCUACGGGGAUCCGUCGAGAAGACCCGAAAUCAAGUCGAGCACAAUCGAGUAUAUUGCUCCUGCUGAGUACAUGCUGCGUCCGCCGCAACCUGCUGUCUAUCUCUUUUUGUUUGACAUUUCGCGUUUGGCAGUCGAAAGUGGGUACUUGCAGAGCGCUUGUGCCGUGCUUUUGGAAGAACUGAAGAGUUUGCCGGGAGAUGCGCGCACGCAAGUGGGCAUAGUCGCUUAUGAUUCUGCGUUGCACUUUUUCGCUUUGGGCGAAGGGUUGAGUCAACCUCAUGAGAUGACUGUGUUGGAAAUAGACGAUGUGUUUUUACCUUGUCCGGAUAACCUUUUGGUAAAUUUGAAGGAUCGUGCGGACUUGCUUACGGACUUACUUACCCAACUUCCCACUAGAUUUAACAAUACUUAUGAUAAUAGUUCGGCUCUUGGACCUGCGUUACAAGCGGCUCAUAAAAUGAUGGCGGCUACAGGAGGGCGAGUGACCGUAUUUCAAGCUUCUUUACCGAAUGUUGGUCCCGGUGCGUUGACCGCUAGAGAGGACCCAAGUCAGAGAGCAUCGACAGAAGUGACUCACUUAAACCCGGCCAACGAUUUCUACAAACGACUAGCUUUGGAGUGCAGUGGUCAGCAAAUCGCUGUGGACCUUUUCGUCGUCAAUUCUCAGUAUAUGGACAUGGCCACUAUUAGUGGAAUCAGUCGAUUUAGUGGCGGGUGCAUAAACCAUUUCCCGCUGUUCAAAGCUUCCAGAGUUUUACAGAACGAAAGGUUCGAAAGAUGUUUCCGGCGAUAUCUUACUAGGAAAAUAGGAUUUGAGGCUGUGAUGAGGAUUCGCUGCACUCGUGGCUUAUCCAUACAUACCUUCCACGGCAAUUUCUUUGUGAGGUCAACAGAUUUAUUGUCGCUACCUAACGUUAGCCCUGAUGCUGGAUUUGGCAUGCAAGUGUCCAUAGACGAAAGCUUAUCAGAUGUCCAGUCUGUUUGUUUCCAAGCUGCUUUAUUGUACACCUCCAGCAAAGGCGAGAGGAGGAUAAGAGUACACACGCUGUGCCUACCGAUAUGUGCUACCCUUACCGACGUGAUCCAUUCGGCCGAUCAACAGUGCAUUGUGGGAUUGUUGGCAAAGAUGGCGGUGGACCGUUCGAUGCAAUCUAGUCUUUCCGAUGCCAGGGAAGCUUUCAUUAAUGUGGCCAUAGACAUUCUAUCUAGUUACAAGUUAUCCCUUAACAUGGGCAACGGUUCUAGCUCGCUGAAUGCCCCUCAGUGUUUGCAAUUGCUGCCUUUGUACAUAUCGGCCUUACUGAAAUCGACUGCGUUCCGGACGGGUACCAGCACUCGGUUGGAUGACAGAGUUAAGGCCAUGAUCGACAUGAAAACCAAACCUUUGAGCCAGUUGAUUCAGAUUAUCUAUCCGAAUUUGUACCCCGUUCAUAAUUUGGAAGAGCAGCCGAUUAUUUUAAAUUCGGAAGAAGAGCCAAUCCCGCAACCGCCGCACAUGCAGCUGACCGCCAGAUGUCUGGAUUCGAAGGGGGCGUUCCUCAUGGACACCGGGGAGCAUAUGAUUAUGCUAGUGUGUCCAGGUGUUUCGACUGUUUUCUUGAACGAAGCUUUAGGCGUGAGAGAUUACGUGUCGAUCACAGACGAGAUGUACGAGUUGCCCGUGUUAGAUAACCUACAUAACCAAAGACUGCAUCAGUUUAUAAAUUAUUUGAACGAUGAGAAACCCUUCGUGGCAACGUUGCAUGUUAUUAGAGACAAUAGUCCAAUUAGGAUAGAAUUUUUCGAAAGAUUAAUCGAAGAUAGGUUAGAGAAUGCACUGAGUUAUCACGAGUUUAUGCAACACUUGAAAACGCAAAUCAAGUGAAGGUAGAAGAGGGUGUUAAAUAUUUUUUAUAAUAAAAUAUAGGUAAUGCAAAAUUAUUGCUCAAUGGGACAGUGGAUUUAAGCGUACUCUAUAAUCGCGUUCAAGGUUUAUGCGGUGCGGUUUUAAUGUUAUUUUUAAGGUUGAUUUUACUGUUUUGAUAUUUAUAUAUUGUGAUAUGUACCUAUCUCUUAUCGAUGCAGUUAGCAAUAUUUUUGCAUUAAUCCAAUGCUUCUUUAUAUUAUUUUUAUGUCGUCAAAACUCACUGACUUUCGUGUUACAUGAUUGUUUAUAUCCAUAUUUACAGUUCUAUUUUGAUGUGUAAUGUAAAAAUUCAUUAGUCCUUAGUUGCAAGUUAUUUUACGCGUUUAUCUUGUCCUAUUGGUAUCUAUGAAAUUGUCUGUUAAUAAAAAUAUAAGUUAUAAAAAUAAAUAUGUAUAUAAUGUAA